AUGUUAGAAGAUAAAAUGCAGGAAGGCCAGGCUUGCCCGAAAUGGCCCACAGGCCAGGCCAGAACUGCAUGGAUAGGGCCCGGCCCAUUUAGGAAAUGGGACGGCCCGAUUGAUAAAUGUGCCGUCUGGUUCUCUGCUAAGCUCCCUUUGCUGGAAGCCGCCGGCAAAUCAGGGCACAGACUGGUGGCGGACAUGGCAGAAAUCGAAGAGAAAAACCCUAGCAGCAUGGUUGACGAAGUGAAAGAGAUGAAACACAGGCAAAGGAUUGAAAAGAAGAAGAAGAAGAAGAUGAUGAUGAUGAAGCUGAUAAAGAUGUCGGAGCAAGCGGAGUCCUCCGCGCGAAACGGCGAAGACGGAGUUUCAGUCGCGAAGAGAGGGAUGAAAUCGGUUGAGAGUGACGGAGGAAGAGAGAGGGAAGGCGAAGAGCUCAAGAAGAAGCUGAGGAAAAGGAAGAGACAGUCGAAGACCGAGGAAUUGGAUGAGAAGGAUGGUGAAGAAGAGCAAGAGGUGAAAGGGAAUAAUGGCUCUGGGAUUAUGACUGCAGAGAAGUUCGAGUCAUUGCCGAUAUCGGAACGAACUCUUAAUGGUAUCAAAGAGAUGAGGUUCCACUACUUGACUCAGAUCCAAGCCAAAGCUAUUCUACCACUUCUUCUUGGGAAGGAUGUUCUUGGGGCUGCACGGACAGGAUCUGGAAAGACCCUUGCUUUCCUUAUACCUGCUGUGGAGUUAUUGUAUCAUAUCCAUUAUGCUUCCCGCAAUGGGACUGGGGCAAUUGUCAUUUGCCCAACCAGGGAGCUAGCCAUCCAGACACAUGCAGUGGCAAAGAACCUUCUCAUGCAUCAUUCCCAAACUCUUGGCUUGGUUAUUGGUGGUGCUGCUCGAAGGGGAGAAGCAGAGCGUAUUGUAAAAGGAGUAAAUCUGUUGGUAGCAACCCCUGGACGACUUCUUGACCACCUACAGAACACCAAGGGCUUCAUAUAUAAAAAUCUGAAGUGCCUUGUGAUUGAUGAAGCUGACAGGAUUUUGGAAGCAAACUUUGAAGAAGAAAUGAAGCAAAUCAUUAACAUUCUGCCAAAGAAUAGGCAAACAGCUCUUUUCUCGGCUACUCUGACUAAAAAGGUUGAGGAUCUUGCUCGUUUAUCAUUUCAGACAACCCCUGUAUAUAUUGAUGUUGAUGAUGGUCAGAAUAAGGCCAAUAAUGAAGGGCUGCAGCAAGGAUUUUGUAUUGUGCCCAGUGCCAAGAGAUUUAUUCUUCUAUAUUCCUUCUUGAAGAGGAAUCUCUCAAAGAAAGUGAUGGUUUUCUUCUCUUCGUGUAACUCUGUCAAAUUUCACGCUGAGCUUCUCAGAUAUAUUUCUAUCAGUUGCUUUGAUAUCCAUGGAAAGCAAAAACAACAAAAGCGUACAACCACAUUUUUUAACUUCUGCAAAGCAGAGAAGGGCAUCUUGUUAUGUACUGACGUUGCUGCACGUGGUCUUGAUAUUCCUGCAGUGGAUUGGAUUGUGCAGUAUGAUCCCCCAGAUGAUCCCAAGGAAUAUAUUCACAGAGUUGGCCGUACAGCCCGUGGGGAAGGUUCAAAGGGAAAUGCCUUGCUUUUCUUGAUUCCAGAAGAAAAGCAGUUUUUGCAGUAUCUUAAGGAAGCGAAAGUUCCAGUCAAGGAAUAUGAAUAUGAUGCAAAAAAGUUUGCUGAUGUGAAACCACUCGUGGAAAAGUUGGUUGCCAACAAUUAUUACUUAAACAGCUCUGCUAAAGAUGCAUAUAGGUCAUACAUAUUGGCCUAUAAUUCGCAUUCCAUGAAGGACGUCUUCAAUGUUCACUGCCUUGACCUGCAGGAUGUUGCUGCUUCAUUCUGCUUAGCCAGUUCCCCGAAGAUAAAUCGGAACGUAGACAGUAGUGCUUCCAAGUUCAAGAAGAAAACGCACAAGGUUGAAGGCAACAAUGGUCAUGGAUUUAGCGAGGACCCCUCUGGCAAACUAGGAGGUGAAGAUGAUUAAAGACACUUUGUGAGGUACUACAAAAAACCAAGAUCUACCAUAAGUUCAUAGGUUGUGUCCCAGUUCUUCGUUGAAGUUGCCCACUUAAAAGAAAGUGUCCUUCUCAACAAAUGUUGUGCCAGUGCAUGAUUAUGCUCCAUUUUUGCAGUAUGGUAGGGACUGAUACUGUAUUUACAAGUCAUGACUACGGAUCCAACAUUGGUUCUUUCUGUAUUAAUUUAUUCAUUUGUUGUACAGUUAUAGAGACUUGAACACAAGUCACCAAUUAUUUAUCCUUUUUGUGCUAAAAAUUCAUAUUGUACUCCAAUUAGGUUGGGGCGAAUAUCA